CAUUUGUCCUGUCUGUGAUUUGGAGAGCUGGAGAGCAGAGCAAGGCAGGGCAAUUAAUACACUAUGGAAGGAUACCGCUGAGACAAGUGAAGCAACGCUUCGACUGUCUUGGAGCCCCGGGUGGCUUUCUGAGCAAAAUCUUUUUUUUUUUAAAUAAAAAUUCUGCCAUUUCGUCAUGACCGACAUCCUUCUGUCGGUGGUCUCAGAUGGAGAGAGGAGUUUGUUCCCGACACUCUCGAAACUUUCAGAGAAUGACGUCGAAGGCGUUUGGACAAAUGUUUCUGCGUUUGUUGAGCGGCAGAUGUCUCUCCAAAAGGGGGUUCAUAUCCCUGGGCUAGGAACCUUCACAUUUUCCCAGCAGAGACACGACGUGGGGAAUAAGGUCCUUUUAAACCAACGGCCCGUGUUUCUGCUGUCUGAAAAACUGUCCCAGACCCAUGGGCUGAAGCACACCAAGCCUCUCGCGGCAGGCGACGUGCCGGUGGUCCCUCUCAACUUCACGGCGCUGUCCCUGGAGAGCCCGUUCGACCGGGACACGGUGGAGGGCUGCGUGCGGGAGACCCUGCUGGUGCUGUCCCGCGCCCUGGCCUGCCGGCGCCGGGUCCUCUUCACUUUCCGCGGCGUCGGGGCGCUGUCCAUCCGCGAGGGCCGGGCCAAGAUGAGGUUCUACCGGGACUUCCUGGACGCGCUGGACCCCAGCGGCGGCCUCGUCGGGGCGCUCUCGAACGUGGCGAGGCAGCCCGUCGCGAGACCGACGCUCGCGCCGGCGAGAGUGAAUGGAGUCAGCAUCCCGGAGGAGCUGGAGAGGAACCUGGGACCCGGCGCGCUGCCCCAAAGGCAAGGACAUACAGAGCCGGCCCCAGCCCCGGCUCGCAGGGAGAAGGGUCGGGCACUGGGCAGACUGGCGGGGAGUGAGCCUGGGCGUGUGAGGGGAAGGUGGGCAGAGCGUGGUUUGCUGACAGGCUGUCAUGUCGCACAGGAGCUGUGUUACCUGUGCAUGCAGAGGGCCCAGCGCAACGUGCCAGUCAACCUGACGGAGGAGAGGAGGAGGCAGGAGCAGGAAGAGGAGAGACUGCUCCUGCUCUACCAGCAGCAGACACAGCAGCAGGAGCUGAAGAAGCAGCAGGCUCAGCUGCAGGCCACCCGAGAACAUAACCAGAAGCUCGCCGCCUUCAACCGCAGAGUCUCUGAGGCCAUUAAAGAAAGGAAGACUGCAAGGCCUACAGCGUUUCACGCCUCCUACAUCUUCCAGAGCAGGCCCCUGACGCCCCCCCGCUGGCCCAAGCAGCAGCUCUACCUGCAGGAGCUGUGUGCACAGGCCAGCCAGAAGAGGGACCGGGAGGCCCAGAGCAGGCUGGACCAGGACUUCAUGGACCGCCUCCAGCAGCUGCAGCUGGCCGAGGACCUUGCAAUCCAGAAAGAGGAGCUUCUAAAGAAGAAAGCUGAACAAACCCAGAACUAUCAGAAGGCAUUGGAUGUCCAGGUUGAUCUGGAGAGGCAGAGAACACAGGGUUUGUGCAGGAACAGCAGUAGCAGGAGUCAGUUUCCUCCCAGUACGUGUCCCAGCCCACAGGCAGAGACAGUAGAGCAGCCAGGAAUCAUGGUGCCCAGCUUGCCAGGGAUACAAGAUGAACCACUGUGGGGUGUCCUCUCUGGUCCCCGUCUCGCCCACCGAGCGAACCGAACGUGCCUUCACCCGGCGGGCUCUGUGCUGUCUGGCAGCCAGCUCUUGAUGGAUCAGUGUGAGAAAUACCGGCGUUGUUUCCAGUGCAAGAGACGAACCACCAACUGUGGGGAAUCGAAUAUUUGGAAGGACACCCGCUACAUCCCUGGAUCGCGCUUGAUGGUUUGACUGCUGCAGACGUAUCCAGUUCCUAGUCCUGUUUUUAAAAUUUCCUGCAGACUGUUUCCACUCACAUCAUGCUCCAACAUUCCACCUUCCAGAGACUGUGCCCAGUUUUCAGUGAGUGGUAGUGCUCUGUUCUUUCAUGGGUGCUUCACCUAAUAAAUCUGAUAUUCGUCUGAAA